AUUAUAAUUAUGUACAAAAUAUGAGAACUUAUGUGGUUUAAUGUGUGGGCAUAGAUCCACACUCAAACCAAGGACGCAUGGUAGCGUACGGUGAGAAAUGUGAUCAAAAUGCAAUAAUAAUGGAGGAGAAGAGCGAGGCACAGGGGCAACAGGCCAAGAGGCACCACGGCCUCUUCUUCAGGGUCAUACCUGGCGUAAGUGCACUGUUGUGGUAUAGGCCACGACGGUCACCUUCACAGCACUUUUCCCCAAGCAGUUAAAUGGGGGUUAGUUGGGUACCACCACCGAUUGUCGGAUUCUGAUGAAUGUCCUUGUAGUCGGCCCAAACUAGAUAAGGACUCCUCGCUUUUUACCUUCGUUAGUUCCAGAACUGGAAGCCACUCUGCUCCAAGUUUUAUUGUACCGCACAAAAAAAGAAUUCGGACAAUUUACACUGCUACAACUCCAAAACCAUAAGCAGCUAGCUGAUGAGGUUUGAUUCGAUUUGAUUCAAAUGCAAUUUAGAUUAAAGUUAUAGUUUUAUUUUUGAAUAAAUUUUUUUAUUUACU